AUGGAGAAACUGAAGACCUUGCUGGUCGCGAAUCGAGGAGAGAUUGCGGUGCGUAUAUGCAAGACCGCCAGCAAUCUGGGUAUUAAGACAAUUUCGAUCUACACUGGAGCAGACGCCGCCUCAGCUCACGUCGGGGCUGCUGAUGAGGCUGUUUUGCUCUCAGGACCAGAUGCCAAGGGUUACAUCGACACACAACAAAUCAUCGAAAUCGCCAAAUCCAAAGGAGCAGACGCUAUUAUCCCAGGCUAUGGAUUUCUAUCAGAGAACACUGACUUCGCCAGGCAUGUUGCCGAAGCGGGAAUGGUGUUUGUCGGACCCAGUCCUAAGUGUAUAGAUGACUUCGGCAUCAAACAUACGGCUCGUGAACUUGCGGCAAAGGCAAAUGUCCCCAUCGUCCCAGGAACCAAAGGCCUUGUCAAGUCGGAGGACGAUGCAGUUGAGGAAGCGAAGAAACUGGGGUUCCCGGUUAUGCUCAAAGCUACCGCAGGCGGAGGCGGCAUGGGCUUGUUGACGUGCAAGGACGAGAACGAAGUCCGUCAGUCAUUCAAGACCGUUCAAUCGCGUGGCGAGACCCUGUUCAAAAACUCAGGCGUUUUCAUGGAGAGGUUCUACCCUUCAUCCCACCACAUCGAAGUCCAAGUCUUCGGCAACGGGCUUGGUGAAGCAAUACAUUUUGGUGAACGCGAAUGCUCGAUCCAACGACGACAUCAAAAGGUGAUUGAAGAGUGCCCUAGCCCAUUCGUGGUCAAACAUCCCGAACUCCGCCAGAAGCUGGGAUCGGCUGCUGUCCGUCUGGCUGACUCGAUCAACUAUGGUUCGGCCGGGACCAUCGAGUUUCUCGUGGAUGACGAGUCUGGGGCCUUCUUCUUUUUAGAGAUGAACACACGCCUGCAGGUUGAGCAUGGUAUCACUGAGAUGUGCUAUGGAAUCGACCUGGUGGAGUUGAUGCUGAAACAGGCCGACGCAGAGCUGUCCGGGAAGGGCGGCCUCGAUGCUGAAUACCUCCGCAGCCUGCAGCCCGAGGGCCCUUCAGGAGCGGCAAUUGAGGUCCGGGUAUAUGCUGAGAACCCGGCCAAAGACUUUGCACCAUCACCAGGCACACUGCAGCAUGUAUCCUGGAAGCAGGUCCCGGGCUCUCGAAUUGACGGCUGGAUCCACACCGGAACGAAGGUCACUUCAUUUUACGAUCCUUUACUGGCGAAACUCAUGGUCCACGCAGCAGACCGCCCGGAAGCCCUCAGGCUGAUGUCUGAAAUGCUCGAAGGCUCCAACAUCUUCGGACCACCCACCAAUAUCGAGUUCUUGGACGCCAUCUUGAAAGAUAGCACAUUCAAGUCUGGCAACACGAUGACAAAAUUUCUCGAGACGUUCAAGUUCCAACCAUCGGCAAUCGAUGUUCUGCAAGGUGGUGCGUACACCUUGAUCGAAGACUGGCCAGGCCGUCCCACCAUUGGGAGAGGUUUCUCGCACUCUGGACCAAUGGAUCCUUUGGCAUUCCGGAUUGCUAAUGCGCUCGUGGGCAAUCCUCCUGGCAAGGAAGGCGUUGAGAUCACCUUGAGUGGUCCGGACCUCAAAUUCCUUGGACCGGCCAUUGUGGCCAUAUGUGGUGCACCGAUGGAGGCCAAGCUGGACGGCAAGGAGGCACCUAUGUGGACGCGGCUGAAGAUCCAAGCUGGCCAGCGCCUCACCAUCGGCAAGACGACAGGAGGUGGAUGCAGAUCGUACUUGGCAAUAUAUGGCGGCCUUCCCAGUAUUGCGACGUGGUUCGGGUCAAAAGCAACUGCACCGAUGACUGCUGUCGGGGGCUAUCAAGGAAGAGCCCUGGCCGCUGGCGAUUUCUUGGUGGUCACGGCGGAUCUACCCGAGAUCAGCGGCGAACUUCGCCUACCAGAGAAUCUGAUACCGUCCUAUCCCGAAGAAUGGGAUCUCCUCGCCAUGCCCGGUCCUUACGACGAGGGUUUCAUCACCAACGAGUCGAUCGAAGAGUUCUACAAAAGCACGUGGACAAUUUCCCACAACGCCGCUCGAGGAGGCAUCCGGCUGAUCGGCCCCAAGCCAAAAUGGGCACGUCCUGAUGGAGGAGAGGGCGGUGCCCAUCCUUCAAAUGUCAUCGAAUAUGGCUAUCCUGUUGGUACGGUGAAUUGGACCGGGGACGAUCCCUGCCUCUUUCCCAUUGACGCGCCCGACUUUGGUGGAUUCGUGUCGGCGACCACAAUCGUGAAGGCGGACUAUUGGAGACUCGGCCAAAUGAAGGCGGGCAACAAGCUGAGGUUCAAGAGGGUUUCGUAUCAGGACGCCAUUGCGAAGCGCAAGGAAGUUGAAGACUUUCUAGGCUCGAUUCACGACUGCUGCCAGGGGAAAGGCAGCUUCGAGCAUGUUUCGCCGCUGAAAUACGAUGGGUUUCCUCCAUCGGUCGAGAACAAAGGGUGGGAGCCUGCGAUGAUCCAUCAAAUCCAAGAACAGGGCAACCAACCGCUCGUGUCUUACCGACAGGGCGGCGACGACUUUAUCUUGAUCGACUAUGGCCAUGGCUCCUUCGACCUCAACUACCGAUGCCGCGCAGUCGCACUGUACCGCAAGCUCAGAGAAAACACUGGAGAGAUAUCAUUCGCCAACGGCGCGAUGCAUACUGGAAUGGCUUGUGGAAACUCUCUGAUGUUGUAUUAUGACUCGACCAAAGUUCCCCGCCAGAAGAUGCUGGAUUAUCUUCUCCAGCUCGAAAACGAACUCGGCGAUCUGAGUGAAGCGAAGUUCCCCAGCCGCAAGUACAAAUUUCCCAUCACGUUUCAGAGUAAACGGCAGAAGGAAAGCUUACAGAGAUAUAUGGAGACGCAAAGACCGUACGCCUCAUAUCUACCUGAUCCCAUGGAAUUCGUGGCAAAGAACAAUGCAUUCACGCUUCAACAGCUUCGAGACAUAUACACGAAAUCAUCGUUGAUGGUGGUGGCUGUGGGGUUCUUUGUCGCCCUCCCGAUUGCUCUACCCAUUGAUCCUCGCCAGCGCAUCCAGUGCCCCAAAAUGAAUCCUUCCCGUGUACAUACCCCGGAGGGUCAGGUCGGCUGGGGAGGAUCAUGCAUGGCGUUGUACAACGUCGAGUCGCCGGGUGGCUAUAUGAACACCGGACUCUCGAUCCCGGGCGCAGAUAUCCUCGGCUUUAAGAAGGGCUACAGCCCGGAGAAGCCCUGGCUGUUCGAGGACUUUGACCAGAUCACCUUCUACGAAGUGACCGAAGACGAGUAUGAAAGGAUGAUGGCCACGUUCCGCAGCGGCCGGUACGAGUACGAGUACGAGGACACCGAGUUCGACAUGAAAGAGCACAACCAGCUCCUGCGGGAGACGAAGGACGAAGUGGUGCAAAUCCGGGCAAAACAGCGCGAAGCCCAGGCGGAGAUGGACAAGCUGGAGAAGGAGCUUCUGGAGAAAUGGAACAAGGAGAAAGAGGCGGGCAAAAUCAGCAUGGACACCGUCGAGGAGCUGUUGCACGAUCCGGACAUCAUCCCCGUCGAAGCUCCACUGAACGCCAACGUGUGGAAAGUCGAGGUCAAGGAAGGCGACCGCGUCAGGCUGGAGCAGGUGGUCUCGAUCCUGGAGGCCAUGAAGCUCGAAAUCCCCGUCAAGGCGGAGCAGAGCAUGGAAGGGGCGACGGUCGAGAAGUUGCUCGUCAAGCCAAACGACGUCGUGGAAGCUGGGAAGCCGCUGAUGCUUCUUCGCAGACCGGCCAAGUAA